AUGGUUUAUUGUGGAAAGGCUUCUCAGGGGUGUCAAAACUGUCGAACCCGACGUAUAAAGUGCGAUAAGAAACGGCCAGAAUGCUCACAAUGCAUUCGCGUGGGCAAGAAAUGCCCGGGUUAUCGAGACCAGUUAUCUCUUAUGUUUCGAGAUGAGAGUAGCAAGGUUAUACAAAAAGCACAUGCCCAAUGGGGCUCUUCGGGGUCUCCUGCUGAGCAAAGCGGAAAUUUCGUUUCGAAUUCAGCCUCGGCCUCAGCAUGGGCAGACGAGUCGUCGAGCAGUGCUUCAGAUAGUCCGCCAGAGAGUAGUUCAAUUCCGCCACCCCAACUUGUUCCCGCAAAGAUACCUAAGAAGGUAGAGUUAAAUAUGGAGCAGCAGGGCCUGCAGUUUUAUAUCAAUCGCUAUCUUAUGCACCAUCCCGACUCCCCAAGGACAAGCGAGGAGGUAGCGACGUAUUUUACUAGUGCAAAUGCCGCCCAGGGCGUCAUGAUAGCCGUAGGUCUCGCAGGACUGUCUAACCUGCUAGGGAACAAGAAUAUGAACCUAGUUGCGCGUUCUAAAUACGUCGCAUCUCUGAAGCAAACCGGACAGCUAAUUGCUAGUAAUGAUCCUGGAAGCCUUGUAGCUCGCAUUCGGAGCGUCGUAACGCUCGCAUUAUUUGAGGUCGUCCAAGGUAAAGGAUCUAGAGUGGCAGUGGGAUUAGCUAGCACGCACGUUAAUGGGGCAGUGGCUGUAUUACGAUCUGUAUUGCCUCUUCCGCAGGCCCCUAAUAAAGGUGUACAUGCUAUAUUACAAUUGUUAUUUUCAAUGUUCAUUCCAUAUCAAGCGACAGACACGCCUCUUCCAUCUGGUUUCUUCGAGACUCUAAAAUUCUGUAAGCAGUUGAUGCAAGGAGUACCAGAAAGUUGUUCUGUUGAUUUGGCUAUCGCUAUGGUUCGACUUCUCCAACUGUCAGCUACAUUCGAGCACACGGUAUACACCGACGGGCGUCCAGCUGUAGAUGAUAUUAUACGACAAUUUAUUCAACUGGAUAAUACGUUUGAUAGCUUGGAAAGGCAGCUACUAGAGGCCUUUCCCUUUAAGGAAAAUAGGGGAGAGUAUCCACCAGAAGCGGUCUUUCGCGGAAAGUGGCACAAGUAUAAUGUAAUAUGGGCUGCUAGGAUAUGGAAUCAUUAUCGUUGGGCUCAUAUUCUCACUAACCAAAAGCUUGUCAAAUUUAUGAGCACCUAUCCUAUUUCGAGCAGUCGAACCUUACCGACCCCUCAGAGAGUAAAAUGUUACGCCACUAUUGAACGACUGGCGGAGGAUAUUCUUAUAAGUGUACCUUCACAUUGGCACCAUCCAACGCUUGAUCCCGAAGUGACUCGAGAGUUUGAAGCGGAUGGAUAUGGCAAUUCCGGAGCGGUAGGGGUACCUAGCCUUCUUUGGCACUUAAAAGUGGCUGGCUGCGCUCCGAACGUCCCGCCCGAGUUCUGGGACUGGGCUUAUAACGCGAUGCAAGUGGUUUGGAGGCAGAUGGGAAUGUUACACGCAAAGGCCUUGUCAGAAACCAUGGAACAGUACCGAUCCAAAUUAGAUAAAGAGGUGGAUGGGCAUAAAGUAAAGUUAGAAGAGGAGGAGGACCAAAGGCGGAUAUAUUCAAUGAUUUAG